GCUGCGCUCUUAACGGGUCAUACAAGUUAUUAGGUCAACGUCGCUUCAAACUACCAUGCCUCAUUCUCUCAUAUAUAUAUAUACUCUACCCGAUUUCACAUCCCUCAUCAAUAUCAUUUUUCAAUUUCUUCCUCAUCUAUACACAAGGUUUUAUCCUAAGUCUUUUCUAGCAUUGUUGUUAUAUAUAAUCAUAUUUGAUCAAGGUAUUACUUUCCAUCUCAAGUUCAUUUGCUUUGGAGCUUCUAAUUUUUCUUGAAACAAGACUUUGAUUUCGUUCAUCUAUAACAUCAAAGCUUUUAUAGUAACGAGAGUUGAGAAGGUGAGAAUCAGAAUUUGAAUAUGAUGGAGAAGGUGAGUCAGUAUGUGCGUGUUUUCAACCACUUUGAUGAGAACGGAGACGGGAGAAUAUCGGCGUCGGAGUUGCGGCAGUGCGUGGAGGCGAUCGGCGGGAAGGUGUCGUGGGCGGAGGCGGAGGCCUUGGUGGAGGUUCUGGACUCGGACAACGAUGGGUUGGUGGGGUUGGAUGAUUUUGUGAGGUUUGUGGAAGAAGGAGAAGAAGAAGAGAAAGUGAAAGAGCUAAAAGAGGCUUUUAAGAUGUAUGAAAUGGAAGGGUGUGGUUGCAUCACAGCAAAGAGUUUGAAGAGAAUGCUUGGUAGAUUAGGAGAGUGCAAAAGCAUAGAUGAGUGUGAAACUAUGAUAGCUAGAUUUGACCUAAAUGGAGAUGGGGUGCUUAGUUUUGAUGAAUUUAGGGUUAUGAUGUUGUAAAAUGCUUUCUCUAGUUUCUUUAUCAACUAUCAACAUAUGCCAUCAUGUAUGUGUGUACCUACAUGUUUAGGGGUACCCUUUUGUUGGUACUUUUUAAAUAUUUUUUAUAUUGAGAGAA